AUGUCCAACGACCAGUCCCUCAUGGAGCGUGUUGAGUUCCCUACUAUUCCCAUCGAGGCCCAGUCCCAGAUUGCCCAUCUGCAGGAGCAGUUCAUCCGCGCGGAGGUUCAGCAGCUGCGUUCGUCAGUUCCUCUUCUGACCCCGCUCUUCCAGAAGCGCAAUGAGAUCAUCAACCACCCCGAGAUCAAGCGUGACUUCUGGGUCCGCGUCUUCUCUGGUGCCCCCGCCGAGAUCGAUGAGUACAUUCGGCCCUCUGAUGCCGCUGUCCUUGGUGGCACUCUGCAGAACUUGAACGUUGAGCGAUUCGAGGUUAACGAGAAGGGUGAGGGCGAGCCCCGCAGCUUGCGCUUCACCUUCACCUUCGCCACCGGCGAGGAGAACCCCUACUUCGAGAACUCCCAGCUCGUCAAGGAGUUCUACUGGCGCAAGAAGAUCACCCGCACUGCUAGCGGUAAGCGUCGCGACUGGGAGGGUCUUGUCUCUGACCCCGUCCGUAUCAACUGGAAGGAGGGCAAGGAUGUCACCAAGGGUCUCCUUGAUGCCACUUGCAAUCUGUUCGAUGCUGAGAAGAAGGGUGGCGAGCGCACCAAGCUCCCUGAGUACGAGGCUCUUGUCUCCAAGCUGAGCGAGAUCGAGGCUGAGGAGGAUGCCAUGGAUGAGGAUGAGGAUGACGAGGAUGAGGAUUCCUCCCCCGCUGGCACCAGCUUCUUCAACUGGUUCGGUUACCGUGGCCAGGAUGUCACUGCUGAGCAGAACAAGGCCGCCCAGAAGGAGGACGAGGAGCGCUUUGUCAAGAUUUCCAAGGGCGAGAAGGUUGACGACGAGGACGAUGAUGAGGACGAUGAUGAGGACGAUGAGGACCUCAUUGACGAGCUCGAGGAUGCCGAGUCCUUCCCCGAUGGAGAGGAGCUUGCCAUCAGCAUUGCUGAGGACCUCUGGACUGACGCCAUGAAGUACUACGUUCAAUCAUACGAGAUGGGCGACGACUUUGACGAUGUCGACAUGGAGGAGCUCGAGGCCGACAUGAUGGAGCACGACCACGAUGGAGAGUGUGAUCACUCCCACCCCCGCAAGAAGGUUCGCACUUAA